AGAGAGGAUGGCUGGGGCGGGCAGCCAGCACCACCCUCCGGGAGUCGUGGUAGGAGCGGCUGCUGGGGCCGGCGCGGUUUCCCCCACCGCUGCGGGACCCGGAGAGGAUUCGUCCGACAGUGAAGCGGAGCAGGAGGGACCCCAGAAGCUGAUCCGCAAAGUGUCCACCUCUGGACAGAUCCGGACCAAGACCAGCAUUAAAGAGGGACAGCUGCUGAAACAAACCAGCUCCUUCCAAAGGUGGAAAAAGAGAUACUUCAAACUUCGAGGCCGGACACUUUAUUACGCAAAAGACUCAAAGUCCUUGAUAUUUGAUGAAGUUGACCUCUCAGAUGCCAGCGUCGCUGAAGCAAGUACCAAAAAUGUCAACAACAGCUUCACGAUAAUCACUCCAUUCAGAAGGCUGAUGCUGUGUGCUGAGAACAGGAAGGAGAUGGAAGAUUGGAUCAGCUCUCUGAAGUCAGUACAGAGCAGAGAACCCUAUGAGGUGGCUCAGUUUAACGUGGAACAUUUCUCAGGGAUGCAUAACUGGUAUGCCUGCUCCCAUGCCCGGCCUACCUUCUGUAACGUGUGCAGAGAGAGCCUCUCCGGAGUUACCUCCCAUGGCCUGUCCUGCGAAGUGUGUAAGUUCAAAGCUCACAAAAGAUGUGCGGUGAGGGCAACUAAUAACUGCAAAUGGACCACACUGGCCUCCAUCGGGAAGGAUAUCAUUGAGGACGAGGAUGGUGUCGCCAUGCCUCACCAAUGGCUUGAAGGCAACUUGCCCGUGAGUGCCAAGUGUGCGGUCUGCGACAAAACGUGUGGCAGCGUUCUCCGCCUGCAAGAUUGGAAAUGCCUCUGGUGUAAGACAAUGGUACACACUGCCUGCAAAGAUUUGUACCAUCCCGUCUGUCCACUUGGCCAGUGUAAAGUAUCUAUCAUACCUCCGAUUGCACUAAAUAGCACAGAUUCUGAUGGGUUCUGUAGAGCAUCGUUUUCCUUCUGUGUCAGCCCACUCUUGGUGUUCGUCAAUUCUAAGAGCGGAGAUAACCAGGGAGUAAAGUUCCUCCGUCGCUUUAAGCAGUUGCUCAACCCGGCUCAGGUGUUUGAUUUAAUGAACGGAGGGCCUCACUUAGGCUUAAGGUUAUUUCAGAAGUUUGACAACUUCCGGAUUCUUGUCUGUGGAGGAGAUGGAAGUGUAGGCUGGGUCUUGUCAGAGAUCGAUAAACUGAACUUGAAUAAACAGUGCCAGCUUGGGGUAUUGCCUUUGGGUACAGGCAAUGACCUUGCUCGAGUUCUUGGCUGGGGAGGUUCCUAUGACGAUGACACCCAACUUCCUCAGAUCCUAGAGAAGCUGGAACGAGCCAGUACCAAGAUGUUGGACAGGUGGAGUAUAAUGACAUAUGAACUCAAAUUGCCAGCAAAGACGUCUCUACUUACUGAACCCACAGAAGCGUCCGAAGGAUUUUAUAUGACAAUUUAUGAAGACUCUGUUGCAAAUCACCUUACGAAAAUCCUCAAUUCUGAUGAACAUGCGGUGGUCAUAUCGUCUGCCAAGAUACUCUGUGAAACCGUGAGGGACUUCGUUGCCAAAGUGGAGAAGGCACAGGAGAAAACACUGGAAAAUACAGUAGUAGCUGAAGCCGUGGCCAGUAAAUGCUCCGUCCUCAAUGAGAAGCUCGAACAACUGCUACAAGCCCUGCACGCAGACGCUCAGGCCAGUCGAGCUCCUCCAGGGGUUGGCCCUCCAAUUCCUGAAGAAGAUGUUGUGGAGUCGUCCAGUGAAGAGUCCUUGGGUGAAAGCAAGGACCAGCUCGUGAAUGACAUUGCAAAACCCUCCUCCCAGAAAGCUGCAAAACCCAGGGAAAUAAUGCUGCGGGCCAACAGUCUAAAGAAAGCAGUGAGGCAAGUCAUUGAAGAAGCUGGAAAAGUUAUAGAUGAGCAGACAGUUCAACCCUGUGAAUCGAUUAGCCAGUCCUGUGACUGUGAUAACCCAGAAACAGAUGAAUCUAAGGACGAUGAUAUGAAAGAUUCAUCCGCAGCCAAAUCCACAUCUCAGUCUCCUGAUGCCCAGACAAGUCAUGGUAAUUUCCAAACUGAUUCUGUCACUGGUUCAGCUAUGGCCACCACCAAAGAAAAUCUCCCUGUGCUCAACACCAGAAUUAUCUGCCCAGGUUUAAGAGCAGGACUUGCCGCCUCAAUCGCCGGGAGUUCUAUCAUCAACAAAAUGUUGCUGGCAAACAUCGACCCUUUUGGUGCAACUCCAUUUAUUGACCCAGAUCCUGAUUCACUAGAUGGAUACUCAGAAAAAUGUGUCAUGAACAAUUACUUUGGGAUUGGAUUAGAUGCAAAAAUUUCAUUAGAAUUUAAUAAUAAGAGAGAAGAACACCCUGAAAAAUGCAGAAGCCGAACUAAAAACUUGAUGUGGUAUGGAGUCCUUGGGACCCGGGAGUUAUUACAGAGAUCAUACAAGAAUCUGGAACAAAGGGUUCAGCUUGAGUGUGAUGGGCAGUAUAUUCCUCUACCCAGUUUACAAGGCAUAGCGGUAUUGAACAUCCCUAGCUACGCCGGAGGCACCAACUUCUGGGGCGGAACCAAAGAGGAUGAUAUAUUUGCCGCACCAUCAUUUGAUGACAAGAUUCUGGAAGUUGUUGCUGUGUUUGACAGUGUGCAGAUGGCAGUCUCAAGGGUCAUCAAACUUCAGCAUCACCGCAUAGCACAGUGCCGUACAGUCAAGAUCACUAUAUUUGGUGAUGAGGGAGUCCCAGUACAGGUGGAUGGUGAAGCGUGGGUUCAGCCUCCAGGGAUCAUCAAAAUUGUGCACAAAAACAGAGCUCAGAUGCUAACCAGAGACAGAGCCUUUGAAAGCACUCUGAAGUCUUGGGAAGACAAGCAGAAGUGUGACUCCAGUAAGCCAGUUCUUCGAACCAACGUGUACAUCCAUCCCGCCGUUGACCUGGCCACAGAAGAGUUGUCGCAGAUGCGGCUCUGCUCCCAGGCUGCAGAGGAACUCAUUACGAGGAUUUGUGAUGCAGCCACGAUUCACUGUCUCCUGGAGCAGGAACUGGCUCAUGCAGUCAAUGCAUGCUCUCAUGCCCUCAACAAAGCCAACCCACGCUUCCCAGAGAGUCUUACGAGAGAUACCGCCACCGAAAUAGCCAUCAACGUCAAGGCGCUCUAUAAUGAAACAGAGUCUUUGCUGGUUGGCAGGGUUCCUUUGCAGUUGGAGUCUCCCCACGAAGAGCGGGUAUCCAGUGCCCUACACUCUGUGGAGGUGGAGCUGCAGAAGUUAACGGAGAUCCCCUGGCUUUAUUAUAUCCUCCGCUCCAAUGAGGAUGAGGAGCCUCCUAUGGACUGCACCAAAAGAAACAGCAGAAGCACAGUCUUCCGUAUCGUGCCAAAAUUUAAGAAGGAAAAGGCUCAGAAACCGAAAACAAGUUCACAGCCCGUUCAGAAUUGGGGCACAGAGGAAGUUGCUGCUUGGCUGGAUCUGCUCAAUUUGGGAGAGUACAAAGAAAUCUUCAUCCGCCAUGACAUCAGAGGGGCAGAACUUUUGCAUCUGGAAAGACGAGAUCUUAAGGACCUGGGGAUACCGAAAGUGGGUCAUAUGAAGCGAAUUCUCCAGGGAAUUAAAGAGCUUGAAAGGAACCCUCCCAACUUGGUGUGAGGUGCGGUCGUACUGGUGCUAUUUCCUGGAAGAGGACUUCUCGGGACUCAAUACAGCGUUCUUGGAA